AUGUCUGGAUUACGUCGUUCCGCUAGAGUUGCUUCUAAUUCACAAGCUAAACCAGAGCAAACUACCAAUGCUACUGUACCACCACCAGCCAAAAAGGCCAAAACUGAACCGAAAGCUGAGCUAGAGCAAGAGGAAGCUGAGAUCUCACAAGAGAUUGAAGUUGGUGACAAGAUUCCUGAGCUCACUUUACUCAAUCAAGACGAAAAAGAAAUCAAUUUACCAACCGUUGCAGAACAACAUAAAUAUGUUGUUAUUUUUGCUUACCCCAAGGCAUCAACACCUGGAUGUACAAGACAAGUUUGUGGUUUUCAAAAAAAUUAUCAAUUCUUGUCUGAUAAAAAUGUAGCUGUUUUUGGACUUUCUGCAGACACUCCUCACAAUCAAAAGAAUUUUCAAACUAAACAACAUGUCGAAUAUGAUUUAUUAAGUGACCCCAAAAAGGAAUUAAUUGGUAUUUUGGGUGCUAAAAAGCAACCCUCAGGAAUUAAGAGAUCACAUUGGAUUUUUGUUGAUGGGGUUUUGAAAGUCAAGAGAUUACAGAUUUCUCCUGAACAAAGUGUUGAUGGUGCUAAGGAGGAGAUUGAAAAGUUUAUUGCCGAGGCAAAUGGUGAUAGUGGAGUUAAGGAGGAAUCAUCUGCUAAAAAUGGUGAUGAAGCCAAGCCGGUCACUGAUGUGGAGAGCGUAGCAGCUGCAUCAAGCGAGCAAGUUGAAGCUCCAGAACAGGAUGAGAAACCUGAUGGAGCCAAUGGAGCCAAUGGAGCCUCAGAAGGGAAGACACAGGAAAAGGAAGAAAAAGAUAAUGCUUUGUUGUCAUCAGAACAACCUUCGGAAGUUAGCACCGAAGCCGCAACAGUUGUUUGA